GUGAAUGAUUUUGAUUAUUUGUUUUAUUAUUAUUUUGGGUUGGGGUUUGCGUCGUGUGUAAUGACGGAUGGAGAAAAGGAAGGGGAAGGUAAUGAAAAAAAAAAAAAAAAAGAAAGAAAGAAAAAAGAAAGAAAACCAAAAAUUACCCGCGUCCUCCGUCCAGAGUAGGGAGGGCGACAGAGCAGGAGAACAAAAAAAAAAAAAAAAAAAAAAAAAAAAAGAGGAAAAAACAAAAAAAGGCAAAGGGGUCUGUCUCCAUUGCUCAGCAGCCCCGGGAGGCACGGGAGAAAGUGGAUGAAGGGGGUUUGUGCACUUUGUGUGUGGUUGAUCGCCAAUUCUAGUUCAACCAGGCGGAAGGCAAAGGAAUGGGAAAUUUGGGUACGGGUCAAAGGCGCCUCUCUGCGGGACUGAAUUUGGGCGUAAGUAGUCAGUAAGAAUGGUCAUAAAAUCAUC